ACUGUUCAAGCUUCUUAUGACCCAGAUUAAAUGGCUACCAAAGGGUAGCCUUAACGUUAGCGAUAAAUUACUGAUUAGUGAUGGAUAGGCUUGCUCUGCACUGUAUUGACCGUUCAUGCAUCAUUUGCUGGAGUGAAUAACACGGAUACAUUGCUGGUUAUCUCCCUGUACAGUCAGAAACGACAGAGCGAUGUUUGUUUUAACUAGAAAACCAAGUUAGCGUUAGCAUUGAAGUCACAGGAGACUCGGGGACAUCUGACGAUUCACGUUAGCAACAGUGGCAGGUACCGUAGCAACUGCAGACGUUUGUUUUGUUCACCGUUACAGCUACCAGAGCAUGCCAACUGCUGAAUCACCUUGUUUACGGGGGAUCAACAGAACAAACGUCCACCAUGAGACUGAAAACAUCGCUGCUACAGGAACCCAAACAUAAGGAACUUGUGAGUUGCGUUGGCUGGACCACGGCAGAUGAGCUGUACUCAUGCAGUGAAGACCACCAGAUCCUCAAGUGGAACCUGCUGACCAGUGAGACCAGUCUGGUUGUCAGAUUGCCUGAGGACAUUUACCCCAUUGACCUACACUGGUUCCCCAAAACCCUUGGUGGCAAGAAACAGAACCAGACUGAGAUCUUUGUCCUGACCAGUACUGAUGGGAAGUUCCACCUGGCCUCCAAGAUGGGGCGCAUUGAGAAGAGUGUUGAAGCACACAAAGGAGCUGUUUUGGCUGGAAGAUGGAACUAUGAUGGGACUGCUCUUAUCACAGCUGGAGAAGAUGGGCAGAUUAAGAUCUGGUCAAAGAGUGGGAUGCUACGCUCAACUCUGGCCAGCCAAGGGUCUCCUGUGUAUUCUGUGGCCUGGGGUCCAGACUCACACAGAAUCCUCUACACAUCAGGAAGACAGCUAGUCAUCAAACCUCUGCAACCCAGUGCUAAAGUCAUACAGUGGAAGGCUCAUGAUGGGGUUGUUCUGAAGGUGGACUGGAAUUCAGUCAAUGACCUCAUACUGUCAGGUGGAGAAGACUGUAAAUAUAAGGUAUGGGACAGCUUUGGCCGUCUGCUUUACUCCUCGUCGUCUAAUGACUACCCGGUCACCUCUUUGUCCUGGGCUCCAGAUGGAGAGGUGUUUUCUGUGGGCUCCUUCAACACCCUGCGGCUCUGUGACAAGACUGGAUGGUCCUAUGCGUUGGAGAAGCCCAACACAGGCAGCGUGUUCAGCUUGGCCUGGUCUGCAGACGGCACCCAGCUGGCUGGGGCCUGCGGCAAUGGGCAUGUCGUCUUUGCCCAUGUGGUGGAGCAGCAUUGGGAGUGGAAGAACUUUGUGAUCACCCUUACCAAGAGGAGAACCAUGCAGGUGAGGAAUGUGAUGAACGAUGCAGUGGACGUAUUGGAGUUCAGAGAUCGAGUCAUCAAAGCCUCUCUGGCAUACGGUCACCUAGUGGUCGCCACUUCCCUUCAGUGCUAUGUCUACAACUCAAGAAACUGGAACACUCCUCUCAUCUUUGACCUGAAGGAGGGAACAGUGAGCCUCAUCCUGCAAGCGGAGAAACAUUUUCUGCUAGUGGAUGGAGCAGGAUUGUAUACGUUCUCCUAUGAGGGUCGACUGAUAUCUUCCCCCAAGUUCCCUGGUAUGAGAGCUGACAUCCUAAAUGCCCAGGGUGUCGCGCUUAGCAACGACACCAUUGCCAUCCGGGACAAGAGUGAUGAAAAAGUCAUCCUUCUUUUUGAUGCCCUGACUGGGAAAGCCCUUGGUGAUGGGAAGCCCUUAACCCACAAGCUGGAGGUGGUGGAGGUAGCUCUGGACCAGAGUGGCCCAUCCAAUGAAAGGAAGAUCGCCCUGAUAGACAAGAACCGUGACCUUUACUUGACCUCUGUGCGUCAUCUUGGGCGAGAACCCAAAAUCUGCAAAAUUGGUAGCAUGGUUCACAGUAUGUCAUGGAAUGAUGCUGCUAACAUCCUGUGUGGAGUCCAAGACAACCAGUUAACAGUGUGGUACUACCCGAGUACUGUCUUCACUGACAAGGACCUGUUGCCAAAAACACUGUACAUAAGGGAUGGCAGUGAGUUCAGCCGUACACCUCACAUUCUGAGCUAUGUUGGCACCAAAGUGACGUUACGCCAAGGAGAUGGUUCACUGGUGUACAGCAGCGUGCCUCCAUACCCAGCCCUCCUGCACGAAUACAGCACCUCUGCGCGCUGGGAGGAUGCACUGCGCCUCUGCCGCUUUGCCAAGGACCAGUCUCUGUGGGCAUGUCUUGCUGGUAUGGCUAUGGCAAACAGGGAGCUGACCACAGCAGAGAUGGCCUAUGCUGCCAUUGGGGAGUUACCUAGGGUGCAGUACAUCAACUUUAUAAAGGAGCAGCCAUCUAAGGAGUCGUCUUUGGCCCACAUGCUGAUGUUCAGUGGUCAGGUCCAGGAGGCUGAGGCUACUCUGUUACAAGCUGGUCUCAUCUACCAGGCCAUACAAGUCAACAUUGACCUGUUCAGCUGGGAGAGGGCACUGGAGCUGGCAGUCAAACACAAGACCCAUGUGGACACUGUGCUGGCCUAUAGGCAGAAGUUCCUACAGAAAUUUGGCAGGAAGGAGACAAAUAAGAGAUUCGUGCAGUAUGCUGAAGGGGUUGAGGUGGACUGGGAAAAAAUCCAGGCGAAGAUAGAGAUGGAGUUGUCUAAAGAGAGAGAGAGAGCCGCUAAUACCUCUGUGAGGAGCAGCGUGGCAUCGCGACGUUAAUGCUCAGGGGACACUUCUCUAAAACGUUAGCUCUGCAGAAAUUGUUUCCCAUGUGUUUUUGACAUUUGGGGAAUAUUAGGUGGUUUGGCUCAGCCUCAGAGUAUAAAAAUAAUGUCUGUUCUUGAGGUACAAUGUCCACCAUUAGUUCCAAAUACAGUAAGUAAAAACAAAAGGGAACAUUUGGAGAUGUGUAGUCCAUUAGUUUGCCAUGAAGAAUAUGACACUUGAUUUUGACUCUCACACCGCAGUCUUGUUUCAUACACUGUAAUGUGAAACAUUUGCACAACAUCGUACGUGGCAUUCUGUAACUGUGGGUGGAUGAUUUGACUUUUGAUAAGAGUAUCGGUAUUUCUCAGCAACAACACCCUAAUGGCCUUUCUGUCAUAUCAGCCUCUCAGUGAUUUCAGUGUCUAAGGUUCAAAGUUGAUUGUUAUCUUUUUUUCCACUUGUUAAAAUUGACUUGGUGAGUUCAGUUAUGCACAAAUGUAUUGCUUUGUUUUUGUUUGACUUUGUGUUUUUUAUAUGUAUAGAUAUUUUUACAGUUUAUAUAUUCAAAGCUUUGCCUUCUGUAAACACUAAAAUGAUUGUCAGUUAAUAAAACAGAUGGAAAUACUGUA